AUAAAAGGCAGGCUCUAGAAGAACCCGCAUCUUCUCUCUACUUUUCUCCUCACUAGUUUGAUUUAAGGUCUGUUGUUCUCUGUUCACAAUGAAGUUUUAUGGAGUUCUGCUUCUGUUGGUGACUCUGUCUGCAGCAUGUGGAUUGAAGUGCUACACAUGUAAUGGCAUGGACAGUAAAUCCUGCACACAGAUCGUAGAGUGCCCUAGUCCUACCCUUGAUCGUUGUUCAUCUCUCGAGCUGAACGGUGCCAUGGUCAAGACCUGCGUCAUGAGUUCUGCAUGUGUAAGCCCCAUGAAAUGCUGUGAAGGUGACUUGUGUAAUGGUGCCAUAACCACUGGUUCUAGUGUUCUCCUGCUGCUGGUAUCAUCAGCCAUCAUCACACUCUUUCUCUGAGGCCUUGGAGCAGUUACAGCUUCAGAAUAUUUUGCUAUGCCUGUGCCGGCCUUUUUUCUGAUUCAAUUUGUAAAACUCAGGAAGAAUAAAAAGAUUUAAACGCUUCAAAUGUCUACCAAUUAUUUACCUUUUUUAAUUCUUUAUAUAUCUCUGUACUUGUUAGGAGGCCCUCGAAACAUGACAUGAAAUUUUAACAAUCAUGAGAAAAUGAAUACACGUUGUUGUCGUUUUGAUGUGCUCACAUCCAGAGAACCUUAAAUCCUUUGUACAUGUGCUCCUGCCAAAAAUAUUGAUUUUGUAACACUGGAAAUAGGGUAUACACUAAGAAUAAUGAUAAGAAUUACUAGUUGAAUUUGACCCUAUCAUUGUUACAACCUUAAAAUAGACACACACAAUGAAUAAUACAUGUGAAAUGCAUCACAUUGCUGUUGUGUGAAUGCUUUCUCAUUCUACUUUUUGUUGCUGUUACAAUAGACAAUAAAAUUAUCGUCGUCUGAG